AUGUCCGAAUCAGUGAAUGAAAGUGACAGUGAUUCCACAAAGAAUUCCACAUUCAAGUCACUUGGUAUUCUCGAAUCUUUGUGUCAAGCCUGUGAAAAACUUCAGUAUAAAACACCAACCGAAAUUCAAGCAGAAGCUAUUCCAUGGGCUUUACAAGGUCGAGAUGUUAUCGGUUUGGCACAGACUGGAUCCGGAAAAACCGCAGCUUUUGCUUUGCCCAUCCUUCAAGCGUUAUGGGAAGCACCUCAAGGACUGUUUGCUUGUGUUUUGGUACCUACGAGAGAAUUAGCAUAUCAGAUAUCCGAAACAUUUGAAUCCUUGGGAUCGGUAAUUGGCGUUCGGUGUGUUGUCAUAGUUGGAGGAAUGGACAUGAUGUCGCAGGCCAUCGCCUUAUCCAAAAAACCACAUAUCGUUAUAGCCACUCCCGGAAGAUUGCAAGAUCAUUUGGAAAAUACCAAAGGAUUCAGCCUGAGAAACAUAAAGUACUUGGUUAUGGACGAGGCGGAUAAACUUUUGGACAUGGACUUCGGGCCCGUCAUCGACAAGAUAUUAAAGGUGAUUCCCAAAGAACGUCACACAUACCUCUUUUCAGCCACGAUGACCACAAAGGUAGCAAAGUUACAACGCGCAUCGUUGAACAAUCCCGUCAAGGUUGAAGUUUCUUCAAAGUAUUCCACUGUGUCAACCCUUUUGCAGUAUUAUCUUUUUUUUCCCUUCAAGCACAAGGACUGUUAUCUCGUAUUUUUAUGCAAUGAGCUUGCCGGAAAUUCGAUAAUAAUUUUUACUAGAACAUGUAACGACACGCAACGUCUAGCCCUCAUAUUAAGGAAUCUCGGUUUUCCCGCGAUCAUGUUACACGGACAACUUUCUCAAUCCAAAAGAUUGGGCUCCUUGAACAAAUUCAAGGCUGGAAAUAGGAAUAUUUUGGUGGCUACUGAUGUCGCUAGCAGGGGGCUCGACAUACCACUCGUAGAUGUCGUGAUCAAUUAUGACAUUCCUUCUAACAGCAAAGAUUACAUUCAUCGAGUGGGACGUACGGCUCGCGCUGGAAGAUCAGGCAAAUCCAUUACGCUGGUCACUCAAUAUGAUGUUGAAUUGUGUCAACGUAUCGAGCAGGUAAUCGGAAGGAGAAUGGAAUUAUUUCCAAUCGACAGUAAAGAGGAUGUAAUGUUGCUUCAGGAACGUGUAUCCGAAGCACAACGAAUUGCCACCCUGGAAAUGAAGGAAGAAAAUCAGAAGGGGAGUAAAAGGGUAAAAAGUGAGGGUAAUGAUGACCAUAGGGACAGAGAAGAUCGAGAUCUCAUUGAAUCCAACAGGUUGGCCAAAAAAGCAAAAAGGGCGAGAAGGCACCGCCUUGACAGUGGAACAAUAAUGAAGCUUGAUUGCUUCGUUAUUUUUUUUUUCUCGGCGACCUUUGCCGUUUUGACUGCAGCUCCCAUAUAUUCAUUGCCUAUUGCACAAAAUCCUCGAGCUCAAGAUCUUGACGAGCCACACUCAAAUGAACCCGAUGGCUCAAAGAAAAGCGUAGCCGAAGACGCUCGAUCAGAAACUAAUUAUAAUGAAAUUGAAGAAGCAAAAUUGCAAGAAGAGGCAGCAACUCUUCAUCGAGUAAUAGUCGUACUUUGUUCACUAGGAGCAUCACUUUUUUUAGUGGCAAUAGCGAUAGCAGUUUUAUAUUGGAAACUUCGUAAGCAACAGAAGCAGAAUGAAUUAAAUGUGAGGUUAAUUAGAGAUGGAGGAUAUGUGUUAACAACACCCUCGAAAGGACUGGAUCCAAAAGAUACAGAUGGUGACGGUGAUGGCGAUGUAGUCAUUAAUGGAACGGCUAAUGUUGACGACGUAAUAGACAAUGUAAAGGACGACGUAAUAGACAAUGGAAGGGACGAUGUCCCAUCGAUGACAGAGAGGCUAUCGUGUCCUCCAAAAGUUUACCAUGAAGACGACGAUGAAUUUUGUCAAUGCUCGGAGCCAAUCAAAGUACCUAUUACACCACACCUUUCAAUAAGGGCCACCGCGCCACCUGCCGAAACAUUUGCUGAUGACUCUGAUCACGGUGAUGUCAUCAGAGAUAUAAGUUUUUCUGCACCUCCAAUGUCUUUACCUCCUCCUGCCUACGCGCCAACUGCACCACCAAUAGACUUUGGCGAUGUUUCAAUAGGAGAUAUGGUGUUACGCGAUAGCUAUAAUAUGCAACCUGCUAUAAUACGAAUGGAAAUAAUACAUUUACCCUUGGAUUCUCUGGCACAAUCAAACAUUACAACUUUUCAAUCCUCGGGUCCAGCAUCGACAUCAGAGGAACAAGAACAGACACAUACUUCCCAAUCGUCUACGAGACUGAUCCUCCCAACCAAUAGAAUUGAACAAUCAUCAAACGACAUUUUAUCACAUCGCCGCUACAACUCAUCCUGA